AUGGCUUCCAAACUGGCCCAAUUUUGUGGGCCACUAAUUUACUACAACGAUCUAGUUGGUAAAAUCCCAGAGGAGUUGAGCUCUUUAUCAACCAACAAACUCAAGGGGUUUUAUGUUUCUGCUAAUGGACUCACCGGCAGCAUCCCACGUUGGUUAGGAAAUGCCUCUUCUCUGCUUUACUUGUACAUGGGAAAAAACUACUUCCAAGGAAGCAUUCCAUCCGAACUUGGGAAACUACUGAAUUUGAUAGUAUUUGCAAUUGGUGCAAACAAUUUAUCGGGGAAGAUGUCGGCGACAACCAAUUUUACGGGAAAAUCCCACAAGAUAUUGGCUUCACUCUUCCCAAUCUUCUCGGUCUCUAUGUUGGACGAAACUAGAUCUCCAGUCACCUGCCGGUUUCCUUAUCAAAUGCCUCUCGACUACACAAAUUUGAUUUUGCUAGUAACAAUUUUACAGUUACUGGACAUAGGAGUUAGUAGGUUCAAUGGUGAAUUGCCCAUUUCAAUUGCUAAUUUUUCAACUACGCUACAACAGCUUUGGGCCGAUUUUAACCAGAUAUCAUGGCGCUGUUUGUACCAUAUUUCACCGCUUGUCGAUCGACCGAAAGGUGGCGAUACUUGGCAUGCUCCUAUACAUUUGAAAGUUAAAAAGACACUUGUUAUUGUCCUACACACUUUGAGUGAAAUUCCUGAGGGAAUAGGCAAACUUGAAAGACUGCAAAAACUUGGCCUGCAUGAUAACAGAAUUUCAGGGUCAGUUCCUGAAGUUAUUGGAAACAUCACAAAACUGCAGCGAUUAUACUUGUUCACAAAUUACUUGAGUGGAAAUAUUGCUCCUAGUUUGGGAAAUUGUAAGCAACUCGAGAAUUCUCUAAUCGGACCCUUGCCUAUGGAGGUCGGUAACAUGAGCAAACCGUGGAGCUGGAUGUUUCGAAUAACAGAUUGUCCGGAGAAAUUCCAAGUACUCUUUCCAAGUGUAAUGCUGGAGUUUCUUAGUUUGGGGGAUAACUUAUUCGGAAGGAGAAUUCCUCUGGCUUUGAGCGCCCUAAAGAGCCUUCAAUUCCUCGAUCUUUCCAAAAACAAAUUAUCAGGUCAAAUUUCAGCCUACUUGAAGAAUUUCACUCAUCUAGAAAUUCUCAAUCUAUCUUACAAUAAACUCAACAGUGAGGUACCACACAAAGGGGCUUUUACAAAUACAAGUGCAUUUUCAUUUGUUGGGAACAGAAAACUGUGUGGAGGCAUAAAGAGUUUGGGACUUCCUUCUUGUCAUUUACCAGGGGAACGAAUGGACAUGGGAGAUGUGGUAGCAGGAUUGUGUAGAAUUAGGACCAAAACUUUUCCGCGUUAG